AUGGACCUGGAGACGAACAAACGCAGCAGUAAAACAUCUUCCCGCUCUCAACAAGGAUGCACAAACUGCCGACGGAGCAGGCUUAAAUGCGACGAGAAAAAGCCAAUCUGCACCCGAUGCUGGCAAAAGGAUCUACAAUGCCAGACAAUAUUCCGGCUGAAAUGGGAGUCAAAUUAUCGUGAUCGAGGUAUCGCCUUUGGCAGGUCGAGGCUGAAUAGGAAGUCUCCUGAUCACCCAACUGGUGCUCCGGGACGGGAUUCGACUUUCCCCAAAGACACUACAUGGGUUGCGAUCCCGACGGUUCAGUCUUGGGCAUUCGUGAAUAACGAUACUUCCUUGAUUCGACGACUUUAUGCCGAGGAGCAAGGAUACACCGAACCACAUCUUCUCCCGGCCGUCGAUGCUAGAACGGCCCUUGGGGAGCUGGGGCCUCGUGAGCCAGCAUCGUCUUUCACAACAUCGCCACCCGAUACCGCUCAAUUAAUGGAUAUAAAAGAAGCAAUGUUACAGAACUUACAAUCACCCCUCUCACCAUUUCCAUCCCUAGAUGAUCUGGGAAAUCAAGUACUGUUCGACUAUUACGUGAACCAGAUAUGUCCUCGAACAGUACAGAGUCCUCUAUCCAUGUCACCCUUUGCCUCAGUCAUUCUUCCCUAUUGUGUAUCCGCUCCGCCCACAGUUCUGCAGGCAAUACAGGCGCUGGCCGCCUGUCACUGGUCCCAGAGCGACCCAAGGUAUAGCGAACUUUCUCUGCAACUAAAGGCUCGAGUUCUGAACCAUCUCCGACAUCGUAUCAAUACGCAUCCCCAGGAUAUAGUCACAGAAGACCCUGAAAUAUUGGUCAUUAUGAUGUUUUUAUGUUUAUAUGACAUUGUUGAUGACUGCAAUCAGCAGUGGAUUAUACAUCUUCAGGGGGCAAAAGAUAUCAUUCGACUUCGCCGACGACAGCAGAUUUUAUUGAAAGGUGCAACGCAAGGUGUACAGCAAGACCCAGUAUCGUCUUUCACGGAGCUUUUCUUCGCUUUCCAGGACGUGAUGGGGCGGACUGCCUGUGGAAAAGCGGAGCUUUUUGGAUCGACCUAUUGGCGUGAAGAAGAUACGACCAUAAAUCCUUGGAUGGGUUGCAGCCCUGCUCUUGUCUCUGUCUUAUUCUCAAUCAUGGAUCUGAGUCGGUCUAGACGGCAUGUCAUCGCCGAUGAAGGUCACGAAGCUUUUAAUGUUAGAGCUUCCGCCCUGAUCAACAGAUUGAAGGAUAUCAAACAGGAGAUGCGAAUCGAUGGAGACAGCCAGGUCAUUCAGAGAAUUGCCGAGCUAAAGAGAGUGACUUCAAUUGUCUAUCUAAACUGCGCAUUGUAUGGCUUGACACCAUCCGAUUCCAUAACCAAGACCUACGUGCGCAAAAUAUUGAAAGAUAUUGUUGAACUACUCGCAAUGGAGCCAUCUUGUCAGGUCGUCUGGCCUCUUUUUGUUGCUGCCGUGGAACUAGAUCCUCUUGACCUUGCGAUCAUGUUAGAUCCGGAUACUGGGAAAAUGACGGACGGACGAAGGCUUGUCUUGGAACUGCUUAUGAAGAUGAGUAAAAGCAGUGUUUCUAGUGUGACUCGGGCGCGUGUCGUCGUCGAGCAGGUGUGGAAGUCCCGCGAUUUUUGUUUGUCAAAGUCUUCCCGAGAAAGGUCACCAGCGUCUAUCACGGAUUUAAAUGACUGGGAAGAGUAUGUUAUGCCUGUUAGUGAUGCUUUGAGCCUGGCAUAA